GUUUCUGUGGAAAUUGAUACAUAAACUUAGGAAUUGCGUGAAUGGUACUGCAAUAUUUGAUUAUUAGAACUCAAUGGGAUAACAUUUUAAAAUUUGCCAUGCCUGCUUCUUCAUUGUGUGACGCACACAAUAAUUGCGCCGAAAAGUGUUUUAAAUACAUAAAACAGGAUGACUGGGUUACAAGUGGAAAACUUGGUUCACGAGAAGCAGUAUUAGUUUUUCGAACUAAUAUACUUAAUCCAAAAACUAGAAAAACGCUUUUAGAAACAACACCCGAGCAAGUGAAACUUAAAAAUGUGGAGGCUACGUCCACUCAGAGCGGUGUGGUUCUUGAAAAGGCUAUGUCUUCAGCAAUUUGCAAAACAAAUGCAACUAUAGGACAAGCAUAUGUGUCAGUUGAAAAGUCACCAAAUAGCAAUGAUCUACGGAAUCCUGUUAAGAAAUUGCAUGGUUCAUUUUCCUCCUGUGAUACUUCUGUUUCAAGUGAUGGAGAUGAAACUGUGCAGUAUAACGAAAAGAAACCCAGAGUACAACAAAAAAAUCGAAAUGCUGCAAUUGUCGAAAUCGAAGUUAAUUUAAAUAAGGAAAGUGGCUAUAAUUCCAUUCCGGCUACUCAAUUCAAUACUGGCAGUAAUACUAGUGAGGAAGAUCAGGAAGCAUCUAGUGAGGAAGAUAAAGAAUGUGGAAUAAAUAUGCCUGCACAUCAGUUACAAAUAACGUAUAAAUUUAUACAGACUGAAACAAAAUUAUUAAGAAAAAUAUUUAAUGUUCAUGGCUUAACCGAAGUGCAGGGUGAAUCAAAUUUUAAUUUGUUAUGGACAGGAGUUCAUAUGAAACUAGACACCUUACGGAACUUAGCGCUAUAUCAACGAGUAAAUCAUUUUCCAAGGUCAUAUGAGCUAACCCGUAAAGACCGACUUUACAAAAACAUUGAGCGAAUGCAGCACUUGCGGGGAAUGAAACAUUUUGACAUUGUUCCCCAGUCUUUCAUUCUUCCGCUAGAGUCUCGAGAUUUAUUAUUUGCUCACAAUAAACACCGAGGGCCUUGGAUUGUUAAGCCGGCAGCUUCAAGCAGAGGACGAGGUAUUUUUAUUGUGAAUUCGCCAGACCAGAUUCCACAAGAUGAACAAGUUUUAGUAUCCAAAUAUAUCGUGGAUCCUCUUUGUAUUGAUGGCCAUAAGUGUGAUUUAAGAGUUUAUGUAUUAGUUACAUCGUUUGAUCCGCUUAUUAUAUAUCUAUAUGAAGAGGGUAUAGUCAGGUUGGCGACUGUAAGGUACGAUAGAAACGCCGAUAACUUAUGGAAUCCUUGUAUGCAUCUUUGUAACUAUAGCAUCAACAAAUAUCAUUCUGAUUAUAUAAGAUCAUCAGAUGCUCAAGAUGAGGAUGUAGGUCAUAAGUGGACCCUUUCAGCACUAUUAAGACAUCUUAAACUUCAAGGAUGCGACACUCAUUUACUAAUGCUAAACAUUGAAGACUUAAUAAUCAAGGCUGUUCUUGCCUGUGCUCAAACAAUCAUUUCCGCGUGUAGAAUGUUUGUACCUAAUGCAAAUAACUGCUUUGAACUUUAUGGCUUCGAUAUACUGAUUGAUAACACUCUUAAACCUUGGUUAUUAGAAGUGAACUUGUCCCCUUCAAUGGGUGUGGACAGUCCCUUGGACACUAAAGUAAAAGCCUGUCUAGUCACAGAUUUACUGACCUGUGUUGGUAUUCCAGCAUUCAGUCCAGAAAUGAGAUCACACUAUAAUAGUAAAUCGUCGCAAAUUCGGAGCUCGAGUUGUCACAGACAGGUAGAUACAACUGAAUCAGGCAUUGCAAUUCGAUCAACAAAAACAAAAAAGAAAACUUUUGGAUUGAUUCAAUUGACACAAGAAGAGCAGCGCAUAUUACGUAGUGCACGAUUGCAGUACUCCAGGCGUGGAGGUUUUGUUCGUAUUUUCCCAACAGACGACACAAUGCAGCGAUACGGACAUUUUUUAGAUUCUGCUAAUGGUAUUCCAAUAUCAACACCAAACGUUCAAGGUCAAACAUUCCAGACAUUAGUCACGCAACACAAUUACAAUCAAAUGCUGCAUUCAAAUUUAUACUGCCUUGGCUCGCGAAGCCUUAAAGAUGAUAAUUGUCAAGAAAACCGCAUAAGACAGUACGAACGAGCUUUGGAAACGGACUCCGAAAUUCCAUUUCUAAAGAAACAAAUUGUAGAAAAGUGUGAAGAAGAAGGACGAAGGCUUCGCAAACAGUUGCUUAAGAAAAUUGGGAGUGGUUCCACAUUGACACACUUUCAAGCAAGGCAAACGUUUAGCUUGUAUUUAGAAUCUGUUUUACGACGACUGACUCAAGAUCCAAAAGACAGUCAUGAAAAAAUAAUACUUAAGUUCUUAAAUAGGUAUGGUGGAGGGGUAAAACCUCCAGUUUUAUUUCGAAAUACGCUAAACGUUAGCAAAGCUCGUUCGGCAAUGGUAGCUAAAUUGUUAGGAGAUUUCCUGGAGCUGUACAAAAGAGAUACAGAAGCAUAUGUAGAUUCAUUUGAUCAUUUUGGAAUGAUACCAACUAGUGCCUAUAGUCUAUUUUUAAUACAUGCCCAAGAAUCAGAUUUAGAGGCAGUCCUAACUCACCAUACAAAUGUUACUGGUAUAAUGCCGUUUUUGUAUAACCGGUGUGGAUUGUCAGUACCACCAACGCCGCCAAUUCCGUCCGGAUUGCAUGGGUUUUUAAGAGCUCUUCCAGCAAUGGUGUCGGCUUCAGGGUUCUCAAGAGAUGUUAGCAAGUAUGAUGGGUAUUUUAAGAGCUGCGAUAAAAAUUUGGAAGAUGUGCAUGAUAUUUCAUUAAGAUCAAGGAGCACAAGAGAUUUCAAAUAAGGAAAUCUGCAAUUUAUUUAUCUAAAUAUUCUUUCUAAAAUCUUUGAAAAAUCUCUUUUCGAUUUGAAAAUUAAAUACAUUAAGGCUGGUCUUAUAAAAAAUAUGAAAAAAACAUGCCGUUUAAAUUUUAUAUAGUUAAUUAUAUGCAUUUUACGUAUAUUUAAGUCGCAUAAGAAAAUUAACCAAAACAUUUAGUAUAAUCCUUAAAUUUAAGCAAAAAAUGAUUGAAAAUUGCAAACAUACGGUUUAGUAAAUUUACAUGACGCGAAGCAGAA